GCCACAAUAAUAACCCUUUUCCUCAAGCCUUUACCUAUAUAUAUAUAUAUAUAUAACUUUUAUAAACUUUGGUUAGAUACUUAUAUUAUAUAUCGCUGGUCCAUGGAGGGUAUGUCCAAAGGGUUGAAAAAAGGUGCAUGGACUGCUGAAGAAGAUAAUCUCUUGAGGCAAUGCAUUGAUGAGUAUGGAGAAGGGAAAUGGCACCAAGUUCCUUUAAGAGCUGGUCUAAAUCGGUGCAGGAAGAGUUGUAGACUAAGAUGGUUGAACUAUUUGAAGCCAAGUAUCAAGAGAGGAAAACUCAACUCUGAUGAAGUUGAUCUUCUUAUUCGCCUUCAUAAGCUUUUAGGAAACAGGUGGUCUUUAAUUGCUGGUAGAUUACCCGGUCGGACCGCCAAUGACGUCAAAAAUUACUGGAACACCCAUUUGAGUAAGAAACAUGAACCAGGUUGUAAGACCCAGAUGAAAAAGAGAAACAUUCCUUGCUCUUAUACCACACCAGCCCAAAAAAUCGACGUUUUCAAACCUCGACCUCGAUCCUUCACCGUUAACAACGGCUGCAGCCAUAUUAAUGGCAUGGCAGAAGCUGACAUUGUUCAUCUAUGCCUUGGACUCAACGACACUAAUAAUGUUUCUGAAAAUAUAAUCACAUGUAACAAAGAUGAUGAUAAAUUUGAGCUUGUUAGUAAUUUAAUGGAUGGUCAGAAUAGGUGGUGGGAAAGUUUGCUAGAUGAGAGCCAAGAUCCAGCUGCGCUCUUUCCAGAAGCUACAGCAACAAAAAAGGGCGCAACCUCCGCGUUUGACGUUGAGCAACUUUGGAGCCUGUUGGAUGGAGAAACUGGAACUUGAUUAGUGUUUCCACUGUUUGUUUGUGCUUGUGUGUGACAUAGUGACUUUUGCAUUUACUGUUGUAUUGUUUCUAAAUAAACCAAUUAACUUA